CGUCGUGUGGUCUGGCAGUAUUUGCUCUGUUCUUCAUCUCCUCCGUAAUCCGCUGGUGAGAGCGAUUGACUAUGGUUUCUGCCCCAAGGAACAACACAUCUUUGAGAAUGAAUGGAUUAUAUGCCGGCUUCGGGGUCAGAAAUGACCAUCCACUCGCGGAGGUGCGCGCUGUAGGUUCAGGUUCAGGGUACGCUGCGAAAUUGAUGUAGGCUAAAGCUUAAACCAUUGGCAUCCCAGCUUCGUCAAUAACAGUUCGUGGGUACCGAACCAUUCCAAUUUAAUUUUCUACCAUAGUGCAUUGAGGAUAUAAAUUAUUUUUGUCGUUUAUUUUGACAUUUCCCCCCUUCUCGUUGCGCAUUUAAAUGGGUCGGCUGAGACAGGAUUCGCGUCAUGCUAUUUAUGGAAUUUGUAUUUUCUUCUCCACGUAAAGACCAACAACUCAGAGGCAUAUGAAAGAGAUGUGACACGGAUUCCACACAUCUAAGGAGGGGCUGCUCAGAGAAGAAUAUGAAAAAGCAAGACAUUGGAGAGACCAUCCAUUUUGUGUCUGGAGAAGAUUUUGAGGAAGGGGACACUGGGAUAGGCAUAAUUAUAGAAACAGGAGGAGCACCCAGCUGUGAAAAGACAUGUUGGGCCUAUUAAUUGUAUGAUUACAAUAACUAGGCCUAUAUGAUAAUGGCUGGAUCAUAUCCAAUAAAACAUCAUUACAUUUGAUUCCAUCUUGUCGGGAAAAAUACAAUAGGAAAAGAUGUCCCAGAUAUCGUGAUGACCCUUUCAUCCACCAGUGCCUUCAACAUCAUGUUAUAAUGUGGAGUGGCUGCGGGAGAAUAUAAACUGAAUUGUACAUAAAUAUCGCCGAUUUGUAGGCCUAUGGAAUUUUUUCAUAGACUAGGCCUAUUUCAUAAUGUAACCACUUCCUUUUACAUAUUUAUUUCAAGGCAAACGUUGAAUUAGUGUCUGUUUGGGGGCGUAUCCAUUCCAAGUUUCAAAUGAAAUGAAUAUCGACAUUGGAAUUUGACAUUUAAAGGGAGCAACCUCGAUAUAAUUGAGACUAAUGUUUCAAUCCAAGGAAACAUCCCAUGGCACACAGAAAAUAAGUAGGUCUAUAGCUGUCAUAUGAACAUAUGGCCUCUCCAUGCUCAAGUGAAUGAUGGUCUUUAUUCUCAAUGUUAUUUUUUCACCCUCCACUAAUUUCUGGAUUGAAAAUGUAUUACCCCGAAUGGAAACCAUAUGUGGCCCACUUGAUUUUUUUUUCUCCUCCCCAUUGCUGAACAUGUUUUUCAAACGCAGACAAUAGUCUUACUGUCAAGUGCGAUAAGCUUUUUUGAUGCUUAUAGUCAGAUUUUUUGUGAGUGACAUUAACAGAGGUGGAAUUGAUGACACAUACCUGGACACCGCUGUUGUACUCCGAGGAUAUUGCACGGUACAAGCCAGGAGCACUACCAGAGUCACUGGAAAUUCGACACAAUUCAAGUGCAAGUUCAAGUUUUUGGUUGUUUCGCUCAAAAUGUGGCAAGUUGUAUUGUAGGAGUGCCUCACGACAGAAAAAGAACAAGAAAGGGAUAUGAAUCCGAGAAGGUGAUGAUGAUGCUGGAUACACAGAAUGCGACCCAGGAGAUUGGCGAGGAGGUGGAGGACGGGGUGGUAUACACCAUCACCCUGCGGAAGGUGCAGAUGCUCCACCACCACCACCACCCUGGCCACCACAUUGGUGGCAGCGGGGCCAUUAAGGGCCAACGCUGGCUAGGUGUGGACGCAUCGCUCAGCCUGUAUGAGACGUGCAAGGUGCGCACCAUCAAGGCAGGCACGCUGGAGAAGCUGGUGGAGUACAUGGUGGCGGCAUUCCGGGGCAACGACUCCACCUAUGUUACCAUCUUCCUCUGCACCUACCGCUCUUUCGCCUCCACCAAGCAGGUCUUGGACCUGCUGCUCAACAGGUAUGCCAAGCUCCAGCACCUGCCUGGCUCAGAGGGCCACAGACUGACUCAUGAUGAUCGCACAGAUCUGAGGAACACGAUAUCCUCCAUUUUGGGGGCAUGGCUUGACCAGUACUCUGAGGACUUCUGGAAUCCUCCGGAGUACAGCUGCCUGCGACGUCUCAUUUCCUACCUGCACCUCAACUUCCCGGGAUCGGACCUGGAACGCCGCGCCUGCAACCUCCUGGCCCACUUCGACCGCCGGCAGCUCCAAGAGCCCGAGAGUGAGUCGCUGGACCAUGGCGGCUAUCCUUUCACCUUAUUGGAGAAUGGCUACGAGGAUGACCGACUGGACUUUCUGAACUUUGACCCAGCGGUGGUAGCCGAGCAGUUCACCCUCAUGGACGCGGAGCUCUUUAAGAAGGUGGUCCCCUACCACUGUCUGGGGAGUAUCUGGUCGCAGCGGGACAAGAAGGGCAAGGAGCAUCUGGCACCCACCAUCCGUGCCACUGUCACACAGUUCAACUGCGUCACCAACUGUGUCAUCGCCACCUGCUUGAGCGAGCGUUUGCUCAAACCCACACAGCGGGCCAAACUGGUGGAGCGCUGGAUCGAAGUGGCCAGGGAGUGUCGAAUCCUGAAGAACUUUUCUUCGCUGCGGGCCAUCCUUUCUGCUCUGCAGUGCAACCCGGUCCACCGGCUGAAGAGGACAUGGGAUGAGGUGUCCAGGGAGAACUUCCGCAUCUUCCACGAGUUGUCAGAAAUCUUCUCAGACGAAAAUAACCAUUCGCUCAGCAGAGAGCUGCUCAUCAAGGAGGGCACGUCCAAAUUUGCCACCCUGGAAAUAAACCCCAAACGAGCCCAGAAGAGACAGCAGCAACCCCGAGACCUGAGUGUGAUGCAGGGGACCAUUCCCUACCUGGGUACUUUCCUGACAGACCUAGUCAUGAUGGAUACUGCCAUGAAGGACUACCUGGACGGAGGGCUGAUACAUUUUGAGAAGAGGAGGAAGGAAUUUGAGGUGAUUGCCCAGAUCAAGCUUCUGCAGCUGGCCUGCAACAAUUAUAACUUCACCCGCAACAAGCGUUUCCGACAGUGGUUCUCCGGUGUGGACAAACUCACUGAGGCCGAGAGCUACAGUCAGUCGUGUGAGAUCGAGCCGCUGUCGGAGUCAGCCUCAAAUACUCUGAAAAAGAAGAACACAGGAAUCAUCAAACGCUGGAGCGAUCGCCAGCCGGCCAGCUCGGAGCCAGGCUACUGCAGUGCGGGCAGCUCUCACUCCAAGUCCUUUGACCAGCUGCGCUACGCCCCCUGCCUGGGGGGCUCAAGUGGAGGUGGAGGGGGUGAUGGAGCGGACUCCCUGAGCGUCACCUCAGCCGGCUCCAGCAGCUCCGACGUCGAAGAGAUAAAUAUCAGCUUCAUCUCGGACUCGCCUGACGCCCACGAACGAAAGACCUCCACGCCUUCCGUAAAACAUUCCAAUUCCACGUUAGGGAAGUGCGGCCCCUUGCCUGACCUGGCACCCACGUUCUGGGAGUCCACUUCUCUGUCCUCCUUGGACGCCUCUGGUGUGGGAUCUGGCUCGGGCUCCAGCAGCGCCUCCUCCUCCUCCAUGUCCUCCACGCCCGUGGUAGGGGCUGGCUCCCGCUCACACAAGCGCUCCGUGUCGGGUGUGUCCAACUACUCGUCGCUGUCACUGCCCCUCUACAACCAGCAGGUGGACGAUUGCUGCAUCAUCCGGGUCAGCCUGGACGUGGACAACGGCAACAUGUACAAGAGCAUCCUGGUGACCAGUCAGGACAAGACGCCGGCGGUGAUCAGGAAGGCCAUGGUGAAACACAACCUGGACCGGGAGAGAGCGGAGGACUACGAACUGCUGCAGAAGAUCUCUGAGGAGAAAGAGCUGAAGAUUCCAGACAAUGCCAACGUUUUCUAUGCCAUGAACUCCUCGGCCAACUACGACUUUGUCCUGAAGAAACAUGGCUUCCCCAAGGUGUGCCGGACCAAGCACGUGGCCAGCUCGACACUGCCGCGCAUGAAACAGAAAGGCCUGAAAAUCGGCAAGGGCAUCUUCUGAGGGGCUACACCAUGUCCUCGCCCACCUCCCGCUUCCUGCUGGGCUCUCUGGGUGCCAUCUUUUAGUACUACCCUUGCUGUGCCAUGGUAGAGGGGCCAGCCACCAGCUCGGUCUUGUGUUCGGCGUCUGAGCGUCAAUGCCUCAGAGGACUAAUACAGCUGAGUGGGAUGGAAAGCCCUAUAGGCCAAUGAACUUGCACAAAUCACUUCCUGUUAGCUUCAGCUCUCUGUGGACAUCCUAAUCGAGAGUGAGCACUCAAGAGGGAAAACUGAGGGAAAAUGGUAAGUGUAUUUCCUCCAGGUGCAUCUGAAAAGGCCUUCCCUCUAAAGGAGUUACACUCCCUAUCAUUUCUACAGAACCCUCCCUCAGCAGAUGCAGCGUGUGUGUGUGUGUGUGUGUGUGUGUGUGUGUGUGUGUGUGUGUGUGUGUGUGUGUGUGUGUGUGUGUGUGUGUGUGUGUGUGUGUGUGUGUGUGUGUGUGUGUGUGUGUGUGUGUGUGUGCGUGUGUGCGUGUGCGUGCGUGCAAAGUACUCAAGCACUCAGAGAAAGAGCGAGAGAGAGAUGGACAGAGAUGGAAACAUGAAUGUUGUAUUGUGAAAUGAACCGUGGUCUUUAAAUGUCUAGUCGUUUUGUUCCAUGUAGUGUAAAGAAAAAAAGAAGAAUGAAAGGACUGUUCUUCUUGUCUGCUCCCUCCUUUAUUUCUCUCUUUCAUUAAGGCCUUUUUUCCUUGUGUACCAGGGUAGGGGUCAACUUCAUUUCAAUUCAGUUCAAUUCAGGAGAUAAAUGAAAGAGAGGAAAAGAAAGAACUGAAAUUAAAACAUACUGGUCCACUCCGCGUGUGCCAAAGAACAGAGAAGAGUGGACUAUGAUAUAUGAUCGUAGACCGUUUUUGGGAGCAUGGAGAUUGCAGUGGGGGAGUGAGUUUGCUUGCUGUUGAGAGAUUCCUUGCACAGAUGUGUGAUUAUCUGUCUAUGACUCUGAUAGAAGAUAAUCUGAUAUGACGAGUCCUUGGUUUGUAGUACCCCAUGUUUAUCCAUUUCUUACAGUAUUGCAGCACUUAGGAUCAAACCUAACGUCCCUAAUUAUCAGCAGCCAUGUCAGUGGUAUUGUGGAUUACAGUGUUAAAGCCUGUGUUCAUGCUCAAAGGGUUUUCUGAAAUGAUUGACUUUUUGACUGUGACCGUGUCACACUGUGGCCAGUGCAUGACAAUAAACAUUCUAAAAGGGACACAGGAUUGGGUCUCUAUCAGAUGGCAGGCUAUAUGUAGGCUGGCUAUACUUUACUUCAUACUGUGCCAACCUGAACCAUAGUGUGCUGGCUGGCUCUGAUAUUUUAUUUUAACAUGGUCCUUUCCAGCACAGUUCCAGCAACUAUGGUUGAUGCAUAACUAGGCCAGCGCAGUACAGCUUGGCUCAGCUCAGUACAGUAGUGUAAAAAGGGUAUGUCAACUGCCACAACAGUUUGAAACAUUGAAUUUACAUUUCACAACACAUCCUUGAUGUGCCUAAUAGUAAAGCCAUGGAAAUGUUUUCAGGUGCUAUAAUGAUAGUUUUUCAUAUGUCACUUAUCAUAAGGAUGGGUGGUCAUAGGGGAGUGGCUAUAUGGACACUCCUGGUGCCCAAAUUGAUGACGUUUGUUGUGCAGUGAGAGUCGAGUGGUGACGAACGGAUUCGGUUCAGUCAUUUCAGACAGUCUUCCUGAUGAGCCGUUCCCAGCAAGCUAGUUUAAUGCUUGUGGCAAAAAAUUUCAGCGAGAACUUGAAACUUGUCGGCCGAAGUUGGGACUUGGGAGUGUUCAGAAUCCUUUAGUUUUUGUCAAAUUAUUUAUUUUACAAAAUGUAACGUUAGAGGUUAAUGUCGUAGUAGUACAUUUUCGGUGAAAAUCACUAUUGGCUACACUAUCUACUUCCCUAUCCUUACUGCGGCAAGCGGGAGAGAAGGACAUGGUGCCCUGUGUUGCGUUGGCUUGCAGUGCAAACUCUCCCCAUUGAGCAGUGUAGACUGCAUAACGGUGACAUCCAUCUAGAUUACUACCAACAUUACAUAGUUAAUGUUGGUAGUUAUUUUUCAUGUAGGCUGCUAUCCUACUCAAAAUAAAAUCAAGUGGGAUGGAACAAAUUGGAGAUGGUGACCAAAUCCAGAUUACCAAUACUACAAGUUAUUUCUCCCUCGCCCAUCCCUUUCUUUUACAAGUUUUAACUAGCGCCACGCUGCUGCUGUUGCCAGCUAGCCAGCAUAAACUAGCUGGGAAGGGCCUAUCAGGACGAUUGACUGAACCAAAUCCACACUCGACUCUCAGCUGCGCGACAUAUGUCUAUCACGUUUUAAGGUAUGACCCAGGUGCAGACAGUGUUGAAGAAACAAAAGUUUAUUCUUUAAACGGAGGCAGGCAAACAACAGGUCAAGGCAGGCAGAGGUCAAUAAUCCAGAGAGAGUGUAAGGCACCGGAACAGCAGGCGGGCUCAGGGUCAGGGUCAGGUGAGGCAGAGGUCAGUAAUCCAGAGUAGAGGCAAAGGUACUGUCACGGCUGUCUAGGACCAGUGGAGAUGUGGAAUCAGGAGCAGGAGACAGAGGGCCGGAGCAACUGUGUUUUAAUAAUAAUAGCAACAUGCAAUAGCCGUAGCCGCGUACCCCUCCCAGUCCACGAGGUACUGCAGGCCCCCUACCCGACGUCGGGAGUCCAGGAUGGCUCGGACUGUGUACGCCGGGGCCCCCCCGAUAUCCAGGGGGGGCGGGGGGACCACCAGCACCUCAUCGUCCUGCAGUGGACCAGCUACCACCGGCCUGAGGAGAGACACAUGAAACGAGGGGUUAAUGCGGUAAUAUGAAGGGAGUUGUAACCUGUAACA